AUGGCGCACGAUGGCGUUCUACACAUAGUUGUAAAGAUUCUCGCUGACUUGGGCCAGCAGAAGACUUUGAAAAGGUUACGGAAGGAGACCGGAGAUGACACGUUACGUCCUGAGAAUGUACCGGAAAGUGUCCAAAAUUUCAAUUUUAACGCAUUGGUUGCUGGUUUGACUUUCAAGGAUGAGCCCACAAAACCUGAUAGUGAGGACAACGCAACAACUGAAACUCCCCCGUUUACACCAGGAACCAGCAGCUGUGACACAUCAACUGUCGGUUUUAACGAUGCAGAAUGCAAAAGUCCGGUAAAAUCCAAGACCAAAAAAGAGGCUACAGGAGGCAGAGCUGCGGAAAGCAAGGGACGCUUCAAACGUAUUCAAGACGAUGUGUGGAUGAGCCGUAUCGGGAAAGAUGAGCUGAAAGAGAAUUCGUACAUGAUGAAGAACGACGAAUUUUCUUUAAAAGCUGCACAAGAGCUCGUCCAGGUUAAGGGCAAAAACUUCCGUACCGAAAAGAUGAAGAAGAAGCGUGCCUCGUGGAAGGGUUCAGGCGAAAUUACGACACAUGUGAACUCAAUCAAGUUUGAUGACUCUGAUAGCGAAUGA